UUGACAUUGUGGCUUGGUGUUGUGCUAUUUGUAUGCAGAAGUAGCUUACUAAAGUAUUGAUAGCCCACACUCCGAAACAGACGGUGGCGGUAAUGCGCCCUAAAGCUGUCACUGAAUAUAUUCAAAAGAAGAAGAACCCAACGCGGGCGGUGCUUACGUAAGGAGAGGGAAAUCCAAAACAGAGCCGACGACCCGUCUUAUCCGAGAGGAGUGGAACAGGAGGGUUGAUUAAGAUAGACAACGUUUAUCAAGUGGACAACUGCUACAAAAAUGCAAAGGGCUUCUCGUUUAAAGCGUGAGCUUCAGAUGCUAAGCACCGAGCCACCUCCCGGGAUAACAUGCUGGCAGACCGAAGAUCAGAUAGACGACCUACGGGCACAGAUAUUGGGUGGAUCAGGAACUCCUUAUGAAGGUGGAGUCUUCUCCUUGGAAGUCAAGAUUCCAGAGAGGUACCCAUUUGAGCCUCCCAAAAUACGAUUCUUGACCCCAAUCUACCAUCCAAACAUUGACAAUUCAGGACGAAUAUGCCACGAUGCUCUCAAACUCCCACCAAAGGGUGCCUGGAAGCCAUCUCUAAACAUUUCAACAGUCCUCACUUCCAUUCAGCUACUCAUGGCAGAACCAAAUCCAGAUGACCCACUGAUGGCUGAUAUAUCAUCAGAGUUCAAAUACAACAAACACCUGUUUAUGGAGAAGGCCAGGAAGUGGACACAAGAACAUGCUGUCCAGAAGAUUUCUGGUGUUGUGGAGGUCGACAAGGAAAAUACUCUUGAUCAGAAAGCAUCAUCCCAAAAAAGAGGGGCACUCAGUGUACAGCAGGAAGCAGAGGAGCCAGCAAAGAGAACCCGUGUGUAGUUUCCACCUCACUCAUUAGAGCCAAAGAUCUCUCUUUGUGCACCACCUGAUACAACUGACACCUUUUUAGAACUGUGAUUUUAAUGUUUCACUUAGUUCUAAUACUGUCUUCUCUCUUUUUUUUUUUUUAAAUGUAUAUUAGUGGAUAAAAGUGUGCAUGCCUGUAUGUAUAAUGUAUGUGCUUAUGUUGUGAUAUCAAAGUUAAAUUUUAUUAAAGUGUUACAGAGAGUGCCUGGA